UCAGUGGCCGAAGCCGUCUUCUCAGACCCGAAGUCCAUUUCCCCACUGCAAGGCACCCAUCUUCAGGACUUCCCUGCUGGAAUUUGGAAAUUGCAAAAUCUCUAUCGGAAUUGCGAAUUGAAUUGCCGAUAAUUUACUCGGAUAUAUACAUCCGAGCGCGAUAAGAUAAGGUUGACCCCGGCGAUGGCCCUGCAACUGUUUCAACCGGCUUCGCCCCUUUCAGCCUCCUGCGGCGGCGUGCGUUUACAGUCGCCUACUUGCUUCUCUGUUCCUCUGCUGCGCCGCCAUUGCUGCUUCCAGAAGGUGAGCUCCGCGAGGAGGGGGACGAGGAAAAUGAGCUCCGUAGGAAUGGUUUUCGUAGGCAAGGAAGAGACCCAGCUGGGUUUGGCUGAGAAGAACGCCGACGACGGUGACGAUGAGAAUGACGAUUACGAUGAGGACCCAACUCCGGACGACCUGGAAUACGUUUCCCAAGUCAAAAGAGUUUUGGAGCUUCUCAGGAAAAACAGAGACAUGCUCUUUGGCGAGGUCAAGUUAACUGUAUUGAUUGAGGACCCAAGAGAAGUGGAGCGCAGGAGGCUUCUUGGCAUUGAUGAUUCUGAUGCUCCAACAAGGGAGGACUUAGUUGCUGCCUUGGAAGAAGUCAAUGAAGGAAAAAUCCCCAAAGAUCGUGUCGCUCUUAGGAUGCUGGCUGAAGAAAUGAUGCAAUGGCCUAACCUGGAGGUUGAAGUACCGAAGACGAGCCGCAGAAAAUCCCUGUAUGCAAAAGCUACGGACACUGGUGUUGAUCCUGAAGUAGCUGCCAAGAGACUGAAAGUGGAUUGGGAUUCUGCUGCUGAUAUUGAUGAGGACGUAGAUGGCAGUGAUGAUGCUGAUGUCCCUCCAGCUCUGGGAUACGGAGCACUAUAUCUAGUGACAGCAUUUCCAGUGAUAAUUGGUAUCUCUGUGGUGCUAAUUCUCUUUUAUAAUUCUCUCCAGUGACAGAAUUUUGCAAUGUAUAUUCUCUAGGCCUUGUUCCUUUGUAACCCAAAAGAAAAAGUGGUGGUUAUCUGGAUAAUUUGUUUUGUCUAUGGUACACUAACCAGAUCUGUUCUCUGUCGGGUUUGCCCGACAUAGGUAUGCAGGGGGGCCAUGCCCCAUCUCACAUUUUGCCUGCGUCGGGCUGCCCGACGCGAGCAACUUAACAUUCUCCAUACACUAAUUGGGACUGCA